GCGCAAGGUUGAAAAAAUGAACGCGGUUAUAGUCGACGGAAGGAUGGUCACAAACCGGAAAUAUGCGCAGAAAUCCCAAAUAGAUUGACGGCAGAGUAAUUAUGUCCAGUUACCACGAGGAACACCCCAGGCAUCUUAUUCCAGAGUUGUGCAGACAGUUUUAUGACUUGGGUUGGUGUACAGGGACCGGUGGAGGUGUCAGCAUUAAAUAUGAAGGUCAGAUAUACAUAGCGCCCUCUGGUGUACAAAAGGAGAGAAUAAAGGGGGAGGACUUGUUUGUCCAGUCUCUAAAGGAUGAGGACAUUUCAGGACCACCACCUCAGAAGAAACUUAAGAAGAGUCAGUGCACACCUUUGUUCAUGAACGCUUUCAUCUCCAGAGAUGCGGGCGCUGUCAUUCACUCCCAUUCUAAACAUGCUGUCAUGGCCACAAUACUGAACCCGGGGAGGGAAUUCCGAAUAGCCUAUCAGGAGAUGAUCAAAGGCAUCAUAAAUGAUAAAACAGGUAUAAAUUUCCGGUAUGAUGACACAUUAGUUAUUCCUAUUGUGGAAAAUACGCCAGAGGAAAGAGACUUGAAGGAAGCCAUGUUAAAAGCCAUGAAUGAUUACCCAGAAAGCCCUGCAGUUCUUGUCCGGAGGCAUGGGUUUUACAUAUGGGGCGACUCCUGGAGACGUGCCAAAACUAUGUGUGAGUGUUUGGACUAUCUACUAGAUAUAAGUGUUCAGAUGAAAUCCAUGGGACUAGACCCAACGUCUGCUCCAGAAACACCAAAGGGAGCCUAUACGUCCACUGACAACUCACGAUGAUCGAUAGACCGAAGAAAUAAAGAAAAUGUAAGCAAGACUAUUACCAGAAUAAGAAUAUAUCAGUUGAAUAGAAAAAA